AUGAAACUUUCUCUGUUAUCUGGCGAACGAAUUGAAAAAUUUGUAUAUGCUAGCGAUCUCAUUUUCAUUUGUACGGAGAAAGGCGAAGUUUUUGGCUUCGGAAAUUCUUUGGAUAGAAUAGAAAACAAAAUUAUUUCACCGCAGAAAGUGUCUUCACUUCUGGGACUGAAAGUUGUGGAUAUCGCCAUCGGUCCAAACAAGCAACACUUGGCUUUAUGUGCUGAUGGAAAACUUUACAGGUUCGAAUUUGACAACCAAGUCAGAUAUCUAAUUGACACCAGUACAGUGGAUGCGAAACUAACAAAUAUAUUCCAUGUGACUGGACGUGAUUGUGUUUCGUUAUUAGAGAAUGGAGAAGUAUUGAAAGUAGUCAUUGGUGAUGCAGCCUUUUUACAUGGUGAAGAUAACAACAACUGUGAAAAGGAUCGCUGCGAAGUAAUGUGUUUUCAAAAAGCUGGUGAUCUGGUCGAUCAUAGUAAAAUUAAAAAACUGAUUACUGGGUAUGACUAUGCGCUGGCUUUGGAUGAAUCUGGUCGCCUGUUUGGGACCGGUUGUGCUGAAGAUGGACAGCUAGGAAUAGAACUCGAACCAUCUAUUAAGCAUUAUGAAAACUGGGAACUCAAUUCAUCCAUUACCGAAAAGUACUUACAAAUAAUUUCUUUAUUGAAUAAGAUGAUGGGAAGAACAUGUUACUUAUGA